AAUCAAGUUUUCUUCUGCUAGAAUUCAACGUUGCCAAACAUAUUCAACGUCUAUAAUUUUACCGGGUUAUUUAAAAAUCUGUUCCGGAUGGAUUCCGAAAUCGUUCUUGUUACGGGGGGCCAAGGAUUUCUUGGGCAACACAUUAUUCGUUUGUUGCAGCAAGACGAAAGAGUGGCAGAGAUUCGCGUUCUAGACAAAGAAGUGCUAACUAAUCGCAUUGGUUAUGAGGAGAAAAAGGUUUUAAAAUCGUUCGUGGCUGACAUUACCAAACCAGAAACGAUGAGUCUUGACAUUUUCGACGGCGUACAUUGCGUCAUUCACGCAGCUGCAGAAACUGGAUUUAGUCAUUUCCCAUCCGCCGAAGUAAUGGAGGAAGUCAACGUCAAUGGCACUCGUCACGUCAUCCACAAAUGCAUUGCAGCAAAUGUCGGCUGCCUAGUUUUCACGAGCACGACUCACGUGGUGAUACCAAAAAAAGAUCCUUUGUUCUUGGCUGCCGAGCACUUGGCCAAGUCGCCACCUAAAGAUGGCUAUCUAUUUGGCCACUAUGGACGAACCAAGUACGAAGCAGAGAACCUUGUGAAGGAAGCCAAUGGAAUUGAAUUGUCAGACGGUUCGGGGAAUUUAGCCACGGUUUGUCUUCGCCCAACUCUUCUUUACGGAGAAUUAGACCCUUAUUACGUCACUCAUGCUUUGAAGAUCGCCAAAGAUCACGGCGGAUGUUUGUACAGGAUCGGAUGGGGUGGUGAAAGAAUUCAAGUCACGUACGCUGGAAAUGCCGCCUGGGCUCACAUACUUGCAAAGAAUCAAUUAUUGGAAAACCCAUCGACCGUUGGCGGAGAAGUCAUGUUCAUCACGGACGACACGGUCAUUCAGAAUGCCUUUGAAUUUAUUGAUCCAUUUUUGAAGGCUAGAUCGAUGAGGACCUCGUCGAUUGUCUAUCCGGCUACUCUUGCUGUAAUAUUUGUCCUUUUUCUUUAUUUCGUGUCGCGUAUGCUACGACCAUUGGUGCACCUCAAAAACCCCUUUCCGCAUCCAGCGACAUUGUACUUCAUUGUUUGUUUCUACUGCUUCAAUCGGCUCAAGGCUACUCUCCGUCUCGGCUACAAACCUAUUUACAACCCUGAAGAAUCAAUAAGUAAGUCACUUGAAUAUUACAAAAAUGUUCCUCUCUCCUAGGCCCCAUGGUCUUUAUUUGCUGUCAACAAGUUUGCAUAAUUAUAAUAAUUAGACAUUGUAUAAUGUAUAUUAGGAAUAUUAUUCAACCCAAGAAAUAGUAAUAUAUGUGGGAUAGACUAUUUUUUAGUCUGACUGUGUUUUUCAAUCUUUUGAACAUUCUUUUGAAUAAGUUCCUUGAGAAUUGAAUUGGAAUCUUUGGUGCAAAAAUGGGCAAUACAACAUUCUAAAUUGCUACCAGUCAGUUUGAAUUCAGGCAUGGUACAUUUUUUACAGUGGCUUGAUGGAAUCACAUUGUGUGCAGUUAAAUUAGAAUGAACUAAAAACUCGAAAAGACCCAAUGGGGUCUGAGAAAACAACUCAUUACAGGUAUCACAAAAAAUCACAGACUGAUGCUGUGUUUUCUCAUUCCAGCAAAGAAUUUUAGAAAUCUGAAUAGAAAGAAGGUGAAGGUCUGAGUUUUGGUAGCGAAGAUGGGACCUCUUGCAUGUGUGAAGGCGGACAACUUUAAAUGGAAAUUUCUGUACAAACACUGUGAUGGGAUCCGUACAAUUUAAACAAAUCUCCACACUGUGCCAAGGUAAGUUUUGGGAGUGGUUGCCAAGGUCUACCAAGGAACAGAAUGACUGAUUGCAGUUGUAGCAUUGGUAAUUCUUCUCUAUAGCUGGGGACUCUCCAGCCAAUCGAUGAUGAACUGCAUCUGUUUCUAGGUCAUUAAAAAAACUGCUCAAGUAUUUUGAACUACUAAACAAAUAUUUGGUUUGUAAAAGAUCACACGCCGUUCUGAGAAUAUGCAUUGGUAAAAUGUCUGGAGGUCAAGGGAAAUAAUUCUUACCUUCAAUUCCGCCUGAAUACUCAUCCAUCUAUAUUCUUCCAAAGUCCAGCAAAGACUUGAAAAAAUUCAGAGGAAAACUGAACACGGGCGUGUUCAGUCAAACCAUAAAGCUUAGCAGUACAUAUGUAUAAUUCAGCACGCCAUAUAUGAAUAGAGGUCAAUGUUUUUAUCUGUAUUCUUUUUUUCCCGUGUGUCCCGAAUUUUUUGUUGAUAAACAUUAGAAAUUUCCUUAACGACUAAACAUUGUUGCCAAACAUCACAAAAACAUCUGGGUGUGUCAAUUUGUAGACAUGUAAAUCGCGGGUUUUUUUGUUAAUAAGGAGGAUAGGGAAGUAGUUAAACAUAAAAGAAAAAACAUUUCAUGAUAAACAGGCGCAAAAAAGAACGAUUUCUAACGACUAGAAACUGAUAAUACAGGUUUCCCAACACAGAUAAUUUUUCCAGUUUUGACACAAUAGUGGGAAAUGGUUUUCUCUCCUCCGACACUUAAUUGGAAUUCUGGUAACGCACAUUUUCUGCAAUCGGGAACAGUUGUGUGCUUGUAUCUGUUGACGUGUUUCAAAUACUUAAAGAUACCAUUGGCUGAAAAAUCAAAACUAGCUUCACAGCUCUGAAGGUCACAUCCUAUAACAGUGUAAUCAGGAAUCAAACCUGAUGAAUUUAAUUUGGUAAAAAGGAACUGACUGUGAAAGUGAAGAUCUGAAUGAUUGUGACAAACAUCAGAUUUGUUACAAGAGUGAAUUCUCACUGCACAUUUAGAUGUAAAGAAUACAACAAUGGAUUUCUUGCACUUUAAACACAUUUCUUCACUGUGGGUUGGGUUUUUAAUGGAAUGCUGAGCCAAGUCUUCCAAUGCAGUAAAUAACUGUGGGCAGUCAUAGCAUCUAUAGGGAAAAUCUUUGACUGUAUUGACUUGAUUACUCAACCUAUGAUGAACAGCAUCUGCUUCAACAAUACUAGAUAGAAUUGAUAAAACUGAAUUGAAAUCGAAAUAAUUUUACCGCGGUUUCCAAAUGACAUCGUUGCCUACAACUGCAGCGUGAAGAAAAGUUCUCUAAAAAAACGUGCAUUUUUUUCAAAACAAUCUGCUCGUGUUUGGAAUCUUCAAGCAUUUCUGGCUACUGAUCGUAAUUGAAAUGGAAAUAAUCGAUGCAAACACGGCUAUACUUAGCAAUUUUGAGGUUCUGGGACUUUUGAACAGUUCAAGAGUCAAAGGAGACCAAACCAGGAAUCAAAGUGGGUCCUUAGCCACCAUCACGUAUGAAGCCAUAAAAUAUCUUGAAGGCACGCCAGCUGCAGUACAGUCUGAGGGUUGCUUCAAGAAAUUUCUCGAGGAUGUGAAAAAGUUUGGACUGACUAAAAAAGAGAAAACCAUGAUCUUGAAUCUGAGGCCUAAAACUGACGUUGAAAUAUCACUGAUUGUCCAAUCUACAGAUCAGGAACGGUUGACUGAAGAACAAAUUGAGGAGCUCAUAGAACUCAUUCAAAAUACUUUGCCAGAAUAAAUUUGUUUUAACCCCGA